UGUAAAGGUGACAAAAAGAAAAGGAAGAAGUCUGGGAGUGACCCUAGUACCUCAUCAAAUAGCCGUUCAUCGACCCCUACGAUUGCUACAGAGGGCAGUGCUAAUACCAUUGCUGCCGCUGCUACAAAGCUGGGUCAGGACAGACCAGGUACUCCCUGUAAGUAUAUCCCAACUGUUUUCCGGGUACGUAGAUGCAAUUGUAUGGACUGACCGUAUAAAUGAAACCUAUUUAGCAAAACCUUCGUCAGGUACUAGUUCUUUCACAGUAUUUUACAAACUAGCAUUUUGGCUGUUAUGCUAAUUGCCGAUCAGUUUCAUGUUCCCCGUGUUGAAACAAUUUUUUGAAUUGCCUGGGUUUUUGUAGCAAAAUCAAAGAAGCGCCCAGCAAGUGCAAGUGAAAAAGGUACCCCAGGCGAAGAAGGAAGUCCAGCAAGCAAAGAACCUCGUGUAUCCCCGGCACCUUCCGCGGGAGGGGCAAGAGGAGGCUCAAGAACAAGCACCCCAACACCGACCGGUAGUGAGGAAGGCCCUCAGGGAAUCACUGAAGAAGCCGUGAGAAGGUACCUCACAAGAAAGCCCAUGACCAGCAAGGACCUUUUGCAAAAGUUCAAAAGUAAAUGAACGGGCCUGUCAAAUGAUGAGACCGUGAAAAAGCUUGCUGCUAUUGUUAGAAAGAUACAACCCGAACAGAAGACCAUCAAAGGGAAACUUUAUCUGUCGCUUAAACCACAGAGCCGAGAUGGUCUGAGAGGUCUCUUGUUUCGUCCCAUCCUCGCUUAAUCUUCACGUGCGCGCCUGAUUAAGUCGCUUUAAUAAUAGAUCUUUUUACCUUGGGUUGUGUGUUGACCCAUUCUUAGUUAAGUAAAAAAAACAUCAGCGUUAAUUGCAAGUUAUGGGUCAUUACUACUAAUAGAACGUUUUCACUCGCGUAGCCAGCAUCUAUGGAAAAUUCAUUGGAACAAAAGAAAGUGUUUACAUAAGAAAAGAGCCGACUCGUACCCAGUCGCUAUUUAUGUGUUUNUGUCUGGGUUUUUGUAGCAAAAUCAAAGAAGCGCCCAGCAAGUGCAAGUAAAAAAGGUACCCCAGGCGAAGAGGGAAGUCCAGCAAGCAAAAAACCUCGUGUAUCCCCGGCACCUUCCGCUGGAGGGGCAGGAGGAGGCUCAAGAACAAGCACCCCAACACCGACCGGUGGUGAGGAAGGCCCUCAGGGAAUCACUGAAGAAGCCGUGAGAAGGUACCUCACAAGAAAGCCCAUGACCAGCAAGGACCUUUUGCAAAAGUUCAAGAGCAAACGAACGGGCCUGUCAAAUGAUGAGACCGUGAAAAAACUUGCUGCUAUUGUUAGAAAGAUACAACCCGAACAGAAGACCAUCAAAGGGAAACUUUAUCUGUCGCUUAAACCACAAAGCUGA